UAUGAUAACUAGUCCAUUAUCUUCACAGAGUGCAGCUUUAAGUAAGAAUUUAGAAAAUAGCGACGACAAUGAAGGUACAAGCUCAACAAAGCCUGCUUCAGCCAAUGUGACUUCCUCUAUUACACCGCAACCGAUUAUUCAAGAAACAAAACCAGCAAAAUUAGUACACUUCUGUGAAACUUGUAAUGCAGGAUUUGCGUUGCGAAGAUCGCUUAUCUAUCAUAGGAAACAAGAUCUUUGCAAUAAAGUUACGUACAACUGUAAUAUAUGCGAACGUGUUUUCAUAUCUGAAGAAACCUUAAAAGAACACAAAUCCACACAUUGGCAAGAACAGGAAUGCACUGAAUGUAACAAGUCUUUUAGCACAAAUGACGAACUCAGUAAGCAUAUGGUAGCUGUGCAUAAUCGUAGUUUACGCAAUCAGUGUCCUCAUUGCAAGAAAGUUUUCACCAUACUAUCUGCACUCAAGGAUCACUUACGUGUCCACAGCGGCGAAAAGCCGUUUGUAUGUGAAAUAUGCAGCAAAGGUUUCAGUCAAAAAACAAAUUUAAGGCAGCAUAUAAUGCGUCAUUCAAAAGAGAAGAAUUUCAAAUGUGGCGAAUGUUCAAUGAGUUUCGUCACCAAAGCCGAAUUAUGCUCCCAUAAGCGUACGCACACCGGCGAACAUCCAUUCCGUUGUGAUGAAUGUCAAGCAACAUUUACCAUAUCCAGUUCAUUGGUGAAACACAAGCGCAUACAUACUGGCGAACGACCGUAUGCGUGCGAUCUUUGCCCAAAGCGUUUUACAACCUCAUUUACACUGAAAAAUCAUCGACGCAUACAUACAGGCGAAAAACCGUACAAAUGCCGCUUCUGUAAUAAAACAUUUACCCAGAAGCAAGACUGCAUUAUACAUCAUCGUACUCAUACAGGUGAACGAAAUCAUGUCUGCUUUUGUGGCGAUAAAUUUACCCAUCUAGGUACAUUGCGUACACAUAUGAAAACACACGUUGGGGAUGAUGCUGAUGGCACUACAAAGGCUGUGAGUAGAGGUAAGCGCCAAUCGACUCAAGCGAAAAGCGGUGCUAUUAAACGUAAUCGGGGAAGUGCGGACAUAGCCGAUUUUAGUAUUACUAUUUUGGAUGUGGACGAAGAUGAGGAGGCAGAUGAUGAUGAAACGACCACAGUACUAACGGUGGCACGUGAAGAUAUGGAACGUCUUGUAGCUAGCGAUGCGUUACGAAGCAAUGAAGAAGCUGACUUAGAAAGUGUUGGCGAGGAAAAACUAAUGCAGUUAGCGAUUGAAAAACCAUAGCAAUCAAUGCGCGAAUCAAGGGUAAACAGCGCAGAAAAUUAAAACUAAACAUAAUAGAACAGGCUGCUAUGUCUGGACUUAAAAUUUAAUACAACUAGUUUAC